AUGGCGAAAAUUUACAAAGACUCAAGGGUCGACCUGCGGCCUUACUCGCCGACCACGGUCGCCAAUAUUCAGAUCCCGACCCUAGAGCCCGUUGCCCGUCGUCCACGCUUCUCGAUCUCAUCCACCUCAGAUGACGUCCCCAUCGCCAAAGAUGAAGAUGAAUUCUCCCGACGUUACCUCGCGACUCAAGGCGAUAUCUACUUCCGGAAGCGCAAGGUCUAUCCCAGGACGUUCUUAUGGCGCGUGAUCAACGACAAUAAAGUGCUGGAGAUCCAGUGCGCGGACCUGACGAAGGGCGGGACAGAAGUCUACGAGUACAAUGUGACCCUGCGAUUGGGAUUCCAGGAACAGAUUCUUCCAUUUGGAGUCGAAUUGUCCGACUCGGAGGAUCAUGAACUCAUCAGUGUCUUUGUGAUUACCGCCUCGAAGCACCUUCACACCUUGUCUCUACGCCCCGAGUUCUUCCGCCGAACCUCCUCGAUCGAUGAAAAUGUGAGUGACUGGUGCAAGACAACUCUGCCGGCUCCCUUGGCCUUUUCGAAUCCCCACCGACUCCACGCGAGCAGCCCCCUGGAGUUGUUUAUAUCCCUCGACAAUGGCGCGCUUCUACGGCUGACCCGGAGAGCCGGUGACGAUGGUUCCCAUUGGUCUCCUCUCACCUUGGACGAACGCACAUGGGGUUCUUCGAUUCGAGGCCUUGUCAAAUGGAACGCGCCAUCUUCGAUUCGACAUGACGGGCGCAACCUCGAUUUAAACGUUGCAAAUGCGAUUGCCACUACCUCCGACGAGACCUACGUUUUCGCUAUCUGUUUAAACCAUACCCUCAAGAUUUGGAACCUUGCUACGAAUAAGCUAGCGGCCACAAAGGAUCUCCUGGGACGCUCACUUCAAGAUCCGGAUCUUGUCGCAUACACAUUGAACCCCGCCGAGGCAUCGUUCAUGCGUGUCUUCAAUGCCGAGAGAGCGAUGGACGGCGGCCAUCGUUUCUAUGUCGUCACAUAUUCGCCAUUUGAGGAUGGCAGGUUCAAGUUCUGGGCUGUCAAAGGUGGCUUGACAUCUGAACUGGUUAUCGAGGAACUCUUUGCGGAGAACGUUUUCCGACCUGUGGACCCCGACGCCACGGGCAACAUGUUCUGGAGCAUCGCUGAUUUCCAGGUGAAGACCCGGGAAGAGGGCAAGGGAAUGGAACUGUGGGUGCUCUGGAGAAACCACGGCCUUUACCAACUUUACACCCUGCACUUUGACCUUCAAACUCUGGUCACAGAUUGGUCUACCAAGUGGGUUUCAACAACAUUCGAAAGCCAUAGGCAAGAAUCGCCGCCUUCAUUGGUCAUGGAUGAUGUCGUAGACCCCACUGAAAAAUGGCUACAGUAUCUCUUGCAGCCGAACAGAUAUCUACCCGAGGUUCUUGAGACCGCCCUGGCUGUUUACCAGGAGGCCGUGAAGCCUCUCUCGUCGGUCUCGUCUGGAGGACUGAAAAAGAGCUUGCCUUUGGCGGAACGACUUUGCUCCACAAUCGCAUCGGCAGUGUCUCUUCGGAAAUUCGCCGACGAGGAGAUGGACUACUCCCGGUAUACAUCUGACACGGAUUCAAAAUGGCGUCAGUUCUGGCAAGUUGCGGAAGAUCUCAACAAGCGCCGGUUCGAACCGAUUUCUCUCGCCUACGACUCGUACACUGAUAUGCCGUGGCUACUUCUGUCGGACUCCUGCGCCGUGGUGCGCGAAUGCAGCAUCACGGAAUUAUUCCUGCACAACUCCAGCUCAGAACUCGCCAGUGGAGUGCCAAAGAUGAUGGACCGCUGGAGACAUCGCAACAUUCCAAGGGAGCUGGGUCCGCACUACGAAACGGCCUCUGGACUGUUGAAAGUGGCGACAGAUUUCCGGAAGAGCUUCUCCGCCGAGCUCGACGGGGCAUGCCGGGCCGCUCUCCAGGCCGAAAUAUUCUCCGAACCAUCUUCGUCGAUCCUGGACCGCAUGGAGAGCUUCCGAGAGCGCUGUGAUUUCACCAAUCAAAUUUCCAACAAGGCCUUUGAUAAUCUAGAUGCCGCCUUGAGUGAAUACAUGCGAACCGACUGUUUGUCAAUGGAUGCAUUCCUUGUUAUCAUCCAUACAGCGUCGCUUCACUUUUGCGGAGAGGAUUCGGAACUUGCUUCAACCUGUUUCGGUGCUCGUGUUCUUGUUAGUGGUGCACAAGAGACAAUCUCCAUCUCUCGUCAGAUCUUCUAUGAUCUGUUAAUCCUAGUCACGUUCGUGGAUGGCGAAUGGGAACCAACAAGCACGUCCGACUUCGACGCGUCCAAGCUUUUCUCAACCCUUGUCGAUCUCCUGCGUGAAUAUGAGAUGAUGAACUGGCUCAGCUCGAACGUCCGCAAAUGCCCCGACAGCGCACUCAAAUUCGGUGCUGAUUCGUCGAUGCAGAGAUUUUCAACGAAAGAAAGCAAUUCAAAGACCAAGAGUCAACGAACCGCAAGCAUCCUCGAGGAUCUGUUUGUAACCGAUAUCAAGCCCCAACAAGCGAUUGACUCCCCGCAAAGCUACACCUUGACGUUGGGCAUCAGAGAUGUCGUGGCCUGGAUCACUCGCGAAGGUGAGGUGAACUAUCAGCAUGCAGUGGCUCAUAUCCAGUGUGACUUGAUCGCCAAAAACAACAUCGACCUGGCGUGGGACUUCCUUCGCUUCCAAGCAAGUACGUCUUGGUCCACCUAUAUAAAGGGUCGCUUGCAUGUGGCUAUGUCGGAAUUCGAUGCCGCGGCAAUCUACUUCCGGAAGGCAGCCUAUCUGCUCUCUAGCGGAAAGCCAAUGGGCAACCUCUCCGAUAUGUCAGCAGAGCUUCUAGACAUCCUCGAUGUUGAUUGCUUCCACAACGGCCUUGCAAAAUACUACCAGCACGUGCUUUCCAUCUUUGAAAAAGUGCGGUCAUACUCCCAUGUCGCGGACUUUGCUAGCCUGGCGCUGCAGGCCCUUGACUCCGAAGUCUGGGCCGAGAAAGACGCCGAAUACCCGACCGUACGCGACGAUCUUCUGUCUCGUUUGUUCACUGGAGCCCUUAAGACUUGCCAAUUUGACCAGGCAUACUCAGCUCUGGCUAGACUGCAAGAUCUCAAAUUACAAAAGUCCCAGCUUACCGAGCUCAUCUCCACUAUUUUGGCAGUCUCUGGGCCUGGAACGGCUGGACUCAAGCAGAUCCUUCGAUUCCCUACCACCCUCGUCCCCAGCAUUGCCUCCUUCAUUGACGAGAUUCUCGUUCAUCUGACCCGCAAACAGACCAACAACGUAUCGUGGUUGGAUGCGGAGAACAAGCAUUUCCCAGCCUCCCCUGAUUACACCCGCAUUCUGCAGGCUUAUCGCAUCGCCCGCUGCGACUACCGCGGCGCUGCGGAGAUUGCCUAUCGCAACGUCCAGCGCCUGCGCAAAGCACGGGAUGCGCCGUCCUCAGCCCUCAUCCGCAAAGGCCGGGAAGCCGCCGAUGCAGCCCGGUCGCCAGUCGAGGAAGACGAUGCCGAAAGCAAGGAAAUCCGCCAUGAACUCCUGUCACUAAUCAACCUCCUCGCCUGCGUCGACAAGAGCGAAGCCUACAUUCUCGUCGAGAACGGCCCUCCAACAAACGCCGCCCUGAUCCCCUCCCUUGGAAGACGCGCAAGCGCACAAGCCGACGAAGACGGAAACAUCUCCAUGGGUGAUGCCGACGCUGCCUCUCCCACGCCAGUUGGAGGCAAGCGUCGAUCCUCUAAUGCCGUGGCUUUCGCACCCGACCACCGCACAGGUGGCAGCAAGUCAUCCGCCCCGGCCCGGCGCGACAGUACCGUGUCCUUCGAAGUCCCUGCGACGAAUCCAUUGCUUAAGCGUCGCAUCAUUGUCACACUCGAGCACCUGCGUCGUGAGUUCCAGUCCGAGCUUGACCGCGUCAGCCGUAUUGAGCGUGGCGACUGGGAAUUUGGUCUUUCGGAUGAAGAGAAGGAGGAUGUGGAUAAUGAUGACACGAUGGUUUUCUAG